AUUUAACUUUGAUGCUUUGCCCUUGCCUUAGAAAGAGGAGUCCUAGAUUGAAGGGUUCCCUGUGACAAGCUUAAUCUUUGUGUUAACAUGGGGAAUAAACACAAAUUUAUUCAGUCUCCUAAUCAUAACCCAUCAGUAGAUUUUAUUUUUCAUUUCUUAUUCUAAGGGAAAUUGAUUCUACUGCCAGGAAUUCCCUGUUGUCUUUAUGGUCAGCUCCUUCAACCCUAGAACCACAAAGCCUCUGUCUCUGCUACCACCCACUGGGGCCCUAAGAUCUUUUUCUCCGAGUCACCUUCACUCAGCAAGGGAAAGCAAAGCUGUAAAUGGUCAACCUUCAGCCGUGCUGUUAGCAGCUAACAUUGGCCAUGAAUAAAUAAGUGCUCCUGUCAGACGCAGGAAAGUUGGAUCUUAAAUAUGUUCAAGUCCAGCCACUGGACUAGAGAAGGACUCAUUUUGUCUUUGAAAGCCAUUGAAUUUUGGUACUGUUUCACCAGAAUUUCCUCAGUUUUUUAAUGACCCCCUCUGGGCUGUAGCACACACUUUCAGCAGGCUGCAGUGUUGACCUCCGCGGGCUAUGUGGAUGCGGCACGUAGAGGCCCAUUGUGUAUAACAGUGUGCAGGAGCCAGCCGCACCUUCCCACCAAUGCCUUGGCUCUUCUCUGGAAAUAUGUGAAUAGUCCUUUUUGUUUAGAGUAGAAUUUAAUUGUGAGCUCUCACAGGCUAUCAGCAUAAACUCAUUUCCCUGUGUCAUUAGAGAGGGAGGGGUACAGUCUUUCCUGAAAAAGUAAAUAUUCUAAAUGACUCUACAUUGCUUAGAUUGAAAGUCUCACUGAUUCACAACUUCGAAGAUCUAAAAUAGUUCUAAGAAUGGAUGCAUCAAUAGGAAAAUCCCGGCAACUUCCAGGAGGGGCUUGUACGCUUCGUGUGGGAGCUGCUGGGCCCAGAGAUUGUGUUUGAAGUAGCAGUUCUACCAACAUGUGGUUCCAGCGCCGGUUUUGACCACCACAUUACCAUUUUUUCACCUGAGGGUCCAAGUAGAAUAUGCUUUUAAGGCUAUUAACCAGGGUGGCCUUACAUAAGUAGCUGUCAGAGGGAAAGACUGUGUGGUAAUUGUCACACAGAAAAAUGUACCUGACAAAUUAUUGGAUUCCAGCACAGUGACUCACUUAUUCAAGAUAACUGAAAACAUUGGUUGUGUGAUGACCAGAAUGACAGCUGACAGCAGAUCCCAGGUGCAGAGGGCACGCUAUGAGGCAGCUAACUGGAAAUACAAGUAUGGCCAAGAGAUUCCUGUGGACAUGCUGUGUAAAAGAAUUGCUGAUAUUUGUCAGCUCUACACACAGAAUGCUGAAAUGAGGCCUCUUGGUUAUUGUAUCAUUUUAAUUGGUAUAGAUGAAGAGCAAGGCCCUCAGGUAUAUAAGUGUGAUCCUGCAGGUUACUACUGUGGGUUUAAAGCCACUGCAGCAGGAGUUAAACAGACUGAGUCAACCAGCUUCCUUGAAAAAAAAGUGAAGAAGAAAUUUGAUUGGACAUUUGAACAAACAGUGGAAACUGCAAUUACAUGCUUGUCUACUGUUUUAUCAAUUGAUUUCAAACCUUCAAAAAUAGAAGUUGGAGUAGUGACAGUUGAAAAUCCUAAAUUCAGGAUUCUUACAGAAGCAGAGAUUGAUGCUCACCUUGUUGCUCUAGCGGAGAGAGACUAAACAUUGUCCUUAGUUUGCCAGAUCCAUGAUGUCACUUACCUGUGUGUUUGGUAACAACAAACCAACAUUACGGAGAUCCCUGGAUUGAAAAACGAGCCUCUCUCAUUCCUCCUACCGCCGAGUGGUUAGGACUCUAUAUAAAUAAAAAGAGUGCUUUUGG